AUGAAUCAUCGCUAUUGUCGCAGUGAUAACGUUGCCGAUAAGGCAAAUCCUGCAAAUAAUCCCACAGUCCCUGCCGGCGAAGCUGCAGCUUUUUUGAAACGUUCCAUUUUAAAUGUGCAGCAAUUAGGACAGAUCUGGGAACUGGCAGACUAUCAGAAGAAGGGCGCUUUGGACAAAAAGGGAUUCUUCAUUGCAUUCAAGUUGGUUGCUGCAGCUCAACAAGGAUUCCCUAUUUCUCCAGCAUCUAUUGGGUUACCUAAUCUGCAUCCUCCGCAUUUCGAAGGCGUUUCCGAUAAAAACUUCGGAGCUUCGACUCAGCCAUUCUCCCAUAACGGAUCGAUGCCAUCACACGCUACCGAGUGGUGCAUUAAUGCAGCCGACCAGGCGAAAUACGAUUCGAUCUUCGAAUCGUUAUCUCCUAUUGAUGGGAAGCUUCCUGGAGCGAAAGUUCGACCGGUUUUGCUGAAUUCUGGUCUAAACCCAACGAUUCUCGCAAAAAUAUGGGAAUUGGCAGAUCAAGACAAGGACGGCCAAUUGGACAGAAUCGAAAUGACGGUCGCCAUGCAUCUUGUCUACAGAGCUUUGCAAAAUGAACCUGUUCCCGCUGUUCUCCCAAGUAGUCUGAUUCAUCCAUCAAAGAUGUCACUGACAAGGCGUACAUCAACCGCUUCUGUGACUUCCGUUCAUGGUGGCGGUGGGCUGCACAAUUUUCCAAUGCCGCCGCCUGCUCAGUUCAAUCCAAGUCAAGCCAACUAUCGCUCACGUACUGGAAGUAUGACUUCUCUGGACGGCGUUGGCCAUACCACCAGGCCUCCCCCUGUAGAAAACAGAAGUGCGUCAGUGCAGCCGAACCAAGGACCAAGAAAUGAAAGUGCGCCAGCAACGCCUAUUCGUGGCAUGGGGGGUCAACUAUCAAUGUCUGUUGGAAGUAGUAGCAAUUCAUCCCUUGAAUGGCCAGUCGAUCGCCUUGCAUCUGCCGCACAAUUCGCUGCAUGCGACACGGAUUCUGACGGUUUAGUGAAUGGGAAUGACGUGAAACAUGUGCUACUCGGAUCCGGGUUACCGCAACAGGCACUUGCACACAUAUGGGCGCUUUGUGACAUCAACCGCACUGGCAAGCUUAAUCAGGAGCAGUUCGCACUCAUCAUCCAUUUGGUGAACAUGAGAAAGCGCGGCGAAGAGUUGCCUACAACGUUGCCACAGUUCCUGAUACCGCCAUCACUCCGAGUGCUUACAGUUACCGAGAAUGAACAUCACGUCACCGCGGAUAGCAAUGCAGCCGCUACAGAACAUGUCAGUGGUAGUGAUUCGGGAGAGAUGCGUCGCCUUGCAGAGGAAAUGGAGAAACUCCUUGUCGAUCGCAGAGAAGCAGAUGCUCAAGUGUCUCAACUUGAGGCUGAUAUGAAAGUGAAAGACAGCCAGAUUAAAAACCUUCAAGUUGAACUUCGUACGCUUGAAGUGACCGUUAAGCAGCUAGAGCGACAAAAAACCGAAGCAGGACGUCGCUUGGGCGAUUUAGAUGAACAGAUUAGACAGCUAGAAGCGGCAGCCCUAGCGCAAGCAAAAAAAGCGGAAGAAGCCCAGACCAGGCUUAACCAAUUGGUGGAGGACACGCAGAAGGACGCUGCUCAUGCUGAGGCUGAUCUACAAGAAAUUGCGCAACUGAAGGCCGAACUAGCGCAGCUCGAAGUAGAGCGGCUCAAUCUAACGAGUCAAUUGAGUCGUGAGCAGAAGGGAAUGGAAACAGCAGUAGAUAGAAUCACUGAGGUAGAACGAAAAAGGCAGCGUGACGAAGCUCAACGUGUCCAACUCAAUGAGGCUAUCGCACAUGCGGAAAACAUUGUUAAUGAUCUGCAAACAGUUCUUAAAUCGGCGGAUCCAACAACCGCGUUGUCCGCAAAGUUGAAUCUUUUGGAAGAUAUUUCUAGAAAGGAUUUGUUUAACGACGUCCCGUUUUCGGUAGCAUCAACGUCGAAACAAGCCGUCCAACAACCGCCUGACCCUUUUAUUGGUGUUCAGACUGGCAGUGUCCAACACGUGGACCCGUUCGCUCAAACAGACCCAUUUGCUGCUGCUGCCGCAUCAGGGAGCUUUGCUACCCAGUUCCCUCAAGAUCCAUUUGGAGGUACAGCCGCUGUGGGAGGUCCGUCUAUAGGCACUACCGGAGUUAUGCCGCCUGGGCCUUCGAUAGGGGCCUCUAAGGCCCCACCUCCCCGCCCUGCGCCGCCGAAAUCCAGUGCUCGUCAAACUCCUGUCAAUGGAGAUCCAUUUGCAAACACGUUUGUAGUUUUGUGUAGUUCGACGGAAUUCGAUGAUAUUUGCGGCAAAAUGUUGGAAUAA